AACUGAAUAAUGCAUCCACUGGUUAUUCUGCUAAUAUCAGCUCUUCCGGAAAUUACUGAAUCUACUCUAAGUUGUGGGGUAUCCGUAGGACCCUGUCUUGCCGGCGGCUCAUGUCCGUCGACAACUCAAACCUGCCUUGGUGGAAACGAAGGAGAGUGCUGUGAGAAUGCUGAUAUUCUCAGCGGUGGAACGACGGCUGCCCCAAUACAGGCCCCAACGCAGGCUCCAACACAGGCUGCAACCCCUACUUGUGUGGACCAAGUGAGCCCUCUGACGGGUGUAUCAGACUGUCCAAGGCUUUCAUAUCUUUGCACUAAUUCACUCUAUUAUACAUUAAUGACUCAGCAGUGUCCAUUAACAUGCAAUCGUUGUAACGGUGCAACACAACAAUCAGAUCCAAAUUGGGGUAUCGGACUGUCCGCAGAGAGCCUACCUUUGUAACAACGCGAUAUACCGAAG